AUGGGCUAUUGGCAAAUUCAAACUAAGACUAGAUCCAAUACCAAUUGCUUCAACAUGCAUCGAAUGCUGCUGUACACUUUGGUUAUCGUCGCCCUCGCUUUGGUCCAGGCCUGCCAUCAGAUCCAUUAUAAUCUGACAUUUCCUGCUGUGAAUCAAGUCUGUUCUGAGCUCAGCCUUGGCCAGAGUUUGACGAGGGAUCUGUCCACGAUGUCGAUGUCGUUGUCGGUGUCUCCUCUGGCGCCCAAUCUUUGCCGCCAUGGGAACCAUUUUACGCUGGGGCAUUAG